AUGACAAAUACUAAAAAAUCAAAACAAAAGAAUACUGUUGGAAAUAAAGUAAAAAAAACAAAUACAAAUAAAAAUAAUAAUAAUAAUAAUAAUAAUAAUAAUAAAAAUAAACAAAAUAAAAUCAAUAAUAAAAAUAAUAAAAAUAAUAAAAACAAUGAUUCAAAUAAUAAAAAUAAUAAUACAAAUAAUAAAAAUAAUAUAAAUAUUAAAAAUAAAAAUUUAAAAAAAGUUGAAAAUAAUAAAUCAUUAAAAGUUAUUUCAUCAAAUAAAAAUAAAAAUAUAUUAAAUAAUUUAAAAAAAGAAGAAAAAGUAAAUAGUAAUGAUAUUUUAAUUCAACAACAACAAAAUAGAGAAAAAGAAGAUAUAACAAACGAAGAUGAUGAUGAAAAAUAUAAUUUAUGGAAUCCAAAACCAACUUCUUCAGUAUCAGUAUCAUCAUCAAAAUCAUCAAAAUCAUUAAAAACAACAGAUUUACAAAAUGAAAUGAGUGAAAAACUUAAAGGAAGUAGAUUUAGGUGGUUAAAUGAAACAUUAUAUACAACACAUAGUAAGGAAGCAUUUAAAGAGUUUUCAGAAGAUAGAUCAUUAUUCGAUCAGUAUCAUAGCGGAUUUAAAUCACAAGUUGAAUCAUGGCCAAUCAAUCCAUUGGAUUUAAUCAUUGACGAUUUGUCAUCGAUUAAACAAAGAAAGAGAAUUGCAGAUUUAGGUUGUGGUGAAGCAAAAUUAGCCGAACGUUUACAACAUAAACAUACAAUUCAAUCAUUUGAUUUGGUUGCUGUCAACGAGCGUGUAACAGCUUGUGAUAUCUCAAAUCUACCAUUAAAGAAUGAGUCAAUUGAUAUCGCUGUAUUCUGUCUAAGUUUAAUGGGUACCAAUUUCAUUGAUUUCAUCAUUGAAGCAGAACGUGUUUUAGUUAAAGGUGGUUUAUUAAAAAUCGCUGAAAUCGAAUCAAGAAUCACCGAUAUCAAUGCUUUUACAAAUGAAAUUCAACAACAUGGUUUCAAUUUAAUUAAAAAGAAUGAACAAAAUCAAUAUUUCACUUUAUUUGAAUUUUCAAAAUUACAAAAAAAAGAUCAACAAUUUAUGAGAAGUUUAAAACAAUAUCAAAAAUUAAAAAAACAACAAGCUACAAAUGAACCAGUUUUAAAACCAUGUUUAUAUAAAAAAAGAUAA